UCAGGCUCAAGGUCCAGAUUUUACAAGUGUUUCUGAUCACCCUCCCCCUACCUCAUUUAUCGCAAAGAGCAGCGGCCAGGAAAAGGAUGAAUAACCAAUGACCUUAAAACUCAGGUCAGAGUAAAAACCAGUUCUGAGAAACUGUAUGACAUUUACAUCCUGGUACCUAAAGGUCACUCUGCAUGUGUAUUUCCUCUGCACAAAGCCCAGGAGGCUAUUUUUAUAUUACUGGGGCAAAAACCCUAACAGCCCUUAGUACUAAACAGCCCUCAGCAGGUGCUUCCAAAUUUUUGUAUUUGCUUCAAUACCAGGUGGUCAGGGGAAGCGUGGCCAACAGGUCUAUACUCCUGGGCAGACUGAGUGAAAGCAGGAUACUUCAAGAGGUGCUCUGGGUCGGAAGGAAGUGAGACUACGAUCAAGUAAAGUUUGGUAAAGGAAGAGACGCCUUCACCCCAAUGACCAGGCGGUGGCUCCGCAGCACAGACUCUCUCAGCCGGUGGAGGUCCCAUCCGGCCUUGACGUAGCCCCGCCUUUACCCAGGCCACACCCACAAAUCCCGCCCUCUCCCUCCCAGGCCCCGCCUAGAGUCGCCCCUCUUAGAGCCGGCCCCUCCUAGAGCUAGCCCUUUCCAGAGCCUGCCCCACCUGACUCCGUCGCUGCCGGGUUUAGUCCGCGAAGCGCUUGCGCAUUUCUUGAGUUGUCGUGGCACUGCCCAAAUCUAAUUGGGGGAAAAGAAGGAACUUCAUAUUUCCUACGGACUCUGCCACAGCACCUUUUCGUGCUCUCUUAGAGCUGGUUUUGCCUUUCGUGGUCUUGAGAACCCUGGCUUUUGGUUCCCCAAUGUUGGUUAAGUGGGCAGGUUUUAAGUUAGGCGAUCUUUGGGCAGCCCUAGUCCCGGCGCUGGGUCUUUGCGCUGAGUCUUGGGACCGCAGCCGGGGAGGUGGGGUCCUUCUCUGGGGCGGUCGCGCAGGCAGCCGAUGCGGGAAACCGGAGUCCGGGCGUCAUGUACUACAAAUUUAGUGGCUUCACGCAGAAGUUGGCGGGAGCAUGGGCUUCGGAGGCCUAUAGCCCACAGGGAUUAAAGCCUGUGGUUCCCACAGAAGCACCACCUAUCAUAUUUGCCACACCAACUAAACUGACCUCCGAUUCCACAGUGUAUGAUUAUGCUGGGAAAAACAGAGUUCCAGAGUUGCAGAAGUUUUUCCAGAAAGCUGACGGUGUGCCCAUCUACCUGAAACGAGGCCUGCCUGACCAAAUGCUUUACCGGACCACCAUGGCGCUGACUGUGGGAGGGACCAUCUACUGCCUGAUUGCCCUCUACAUGGCUGCGCAGCCCAAAAAAUGAGUUAGGCUGCAGAGGACUGGUUUGUUUUUUUGGCAUAAACCCUUUGAAUUUCCUUUUUCCUUUUUUUUUUUUUUUUAACUUGGAUGGCUUAACAUUUUUAAAAAUGCAAGAAAAAUAGGAAGAUAUGAAGACGAUAUUUUGGUUUGUUUAUUGAAUACAUAUGGCUUGUCAGAGCUCAUUCCACAGUUAAAGCCAUUGUUUAAAGAAAUGGUGCUGUGCUCUGUGUUUGUGCUCCUGAUUUCCCUGGAGGUUCUGGAUGAAAGUUGCACACAGACUCAUUAAUGUCAGUCUGUGCCUCAGGGACUUGAGGUUGCGUUUUUGAGCAUGGGGUGCAGAAGCCUUUCUGGAUUUGGAUGUGGCUGUGGAAAGAAUACAGAAGCCAAGGCCAUGUGCAUAAAAUGAGGGGUUCAAGUUAGUAGUCACCUCGGGGACUUUUUCCAUUUUGCAGUAAGAUGUUAAAAGAAAUUAUUUGUAACGUGCCUCUGUUCAUUGGGCAGUUCAUUUCAAAGGGUUAUUUGCCUCAUCUCCUAUUUUCAGUGAAAUCUUACGUGUAAUUGUGUAUAUUUAUUCCACCAUGGGAACAGAGAACACCUGCUUAGGUUGCACUUUAGACUGGUGUCUGUUUUAUUAAUACAGCUUUGCCACAAAUUCUCCUUUAUCUUUUAAAAAUGUUAUAGCUUUAAAUUAUGACUUAUUUUGACUGUGGAAUAAAUACAUGAAUGAAAAA